AUGCCGCCCUUUGACCAUUUGCGCACGACCGCCGACUGCGACCGAGAGCUGGUCUCCUUCCCACCGCUUUCAUCGGAUGAACUGGACUUGUUGCAACGGGUAGAAGAUCAGCUCCUGGCCAUCGACGAGGCGUUGGCGACAGACCUCAGCCAACAGGAGCAGCAUCUGCCCGCGCGGGCCUCGAAAUCAGCCAAAGAGGCCCACACAGCCAAGAUCGAGUCCAUUAGGCGCAAGUAUGAGGCUCAGUGUUCGAGGCUCCUUCGAGCCAACCCGACCGUCCCGGACCUGAAGACUUGUGAUGCCGCUCGGCUCGCGAUCCAGGAGUGUAAACUUCAGCUCGUCUCCGGCGUGCCGCUUCAAGGCUGGCACCCCCUCCCAAAUGUGGGCGAGGAGGACACAGCAGACCGGGAGGACGUCCUGGACACCGUGCCGGAGUGGGGAUCGAUGUUCAAGGCGGCAGGACGACAGCGCCUGGCGUCCGACCAGUCAGCUUUCAACAGUCAUGCAAACCGCGUCAUCAACCACAACAUUGCGGCCGCUAGGCGGCUGCAAUGGAGUUCGACGGGACGCAGGACCCCGAAGCACGGGCGCAGCUGGCCGUGCAGGGAGGUCAUCCGCCUGGCAAAGGAUGGGGACCCGCACAAGACCUCCCUCGUCGCCUGCCUCGCUUCUCUCUCCUCCGAGCAGCGAGCGUACCUGGGCGCGGCGCUUACAGGACAGACUCAGUCGGCCAACCGGUCUGGCUCCAAGCGGCCCUUCGCCGCCAUGUUGGCCCCCGGGGGGGGCUCCCAAGAGGGCCCCGAGGACAUCACGUGCCUAAUCUGCAACCAGCGGGGCCACUGCUUUCGAAACUGCCCACAACUCCAGGCCAUGCCCAGGGACCAGCAGCAGGCAGCCAUCAACAGGGCUCGGGCGCGCUUGCGGGCGGGCGCCCGUGCGGGCCCCGCGCCUCCGCAGCAACUUGAGAUGGUCUCCGACGCAGUGGCUGCAGAGGCCACUGCAGCAGUGGUAGCACAGGCGUCAGCCUUAGUGGUGGCGGCCAUGAUCCCCGAACCGCUCCAUCUGGCCCCGGGGCGCCCUUGGUUCGGACAGGCGGGCAGCAAGCUCGUCACCGAGGCAUGGCUGCGGUAUGGAGUGGAUACACCAGCGUCCCGCAACAUCUGGACAUCUGGACAUCUGGAUUUGGCGGUCUUUCUUUCCCACCCGCCCACCCUUUCGAACUUUGGUUUCCUGGCUUGGUGA